AUGCAAAAUACCUUAAUAACAAGCACUUUAUAUUUUCCUAGAUAAUCAUAUUUUAACAAGUAUAAAGGGUUGCUUGAAAUCAAACAAAAGUAAUACCUUAGUCCAGAGGAAAGAAGAAUUAAGGAAAAGAAAGAAAAAAACAAUUAAACAUCUGAUUUUGAGGAUACCAUAUUAAUUACUAAUUCAGCAAAAUUAAUAGUACCAUAAAGAAGGAUUACAUAUGAAAAUUAAAUUAAUAAUAUAGAGGAACUAUAUUUCUAAAAAAAUGAUAGCUCAAUCACUUAGAGAUACUUAGCAAAUUUUAAGAUGUUAAAAUCAUAAAAAUAAAUUUUACCUUCUCUUCCUAUCUAAAACAAUAUGAAUUAAAUUAAACUUUAAACAAGAUAGUUAUUUGCAAAACCAUUAAUUAAAAAAUAAAAAAGUCUAGAUCAUGUUGUUUAAAUAUUUUAUUAGAAUAAACAUUUUACAUAAUUAUAAGAAGGAGCAAGUUUAAAAUGUUUAUUCAAAGCUUCAGAAUUAAAAGAAGAGGAUUAUGAUAAAAUUUUAAUUAUUUAAUUUGAAAGUAAUUAUUAAUCUAUAUGAUAAGAUGUUAUAUUAAAAAGAUCAUGUUCAUUUUGGGAAAAUUAGAAUGAAAUCACUAAUUGUAGUAUUAGUUUAAGUUAAAACAAUUAAGAAUAAUGUGAAAAUGCUUUUUGUGUUUGUAAUUUAAGAAGAGAAUUUAAAAAUACACUGAAAAUGUACAUCAAUUAUUUUAACAAAGAUUGUCAAAGGCUUAUAUAAUAAUCUUCUUAGUUUAAAAUACAAACUUUAUGUUAAAAUGGCACAAAUAUCUUUAAGAUUAAAAUUAUUAAUAUGAUGCAAUAUAUAAAAUUAGAAUCACUAAAAAUAUUCGUAUUGGUGGUAUUUAAAUGACUAGAGUUUUUAAUGAUUUCUAGAAAUUUAACUUAUCUAAAAUAAUUUACUUUGAUUCAAUCGAUCUAUCUAAUUCUUUUAAAUUACAUCCAGAAGAUUUAUAGUAUAAAAUACCUAUAGCAAAUUGCAAUAUUGAAACUACAAUAUUUUUAUUUAAAAAAAACUUAUAAUCAAAAUAAUUUGAUUCACAAUUGCUACAUAAUAUAUCUUUGGCCUUUUAUUCGGGAAAAGAACAUAUCAUAAGUAAAAAACAAGUUUAUUUUGAGAAUAUUGAUUUACAUUUUGUGUUUCAAUAUUAUUCUUCCUAAAAUUAAAUUAGAAAGGCUAAUUAAUUAAGAAAACUUAAUGAAUUAAAAUAAACUUAUUAAAAAAUAUUAGAAUCAUUAAAUGAAUCUUAAAUUAUUUAAUAAGAGAAGGAUGAAUAUCUAAUAUAAUGGAUAUCAGCAACACGAAAUGAUUUUAUAAAUGAUUUUAAAAUGAAAAAGAAUGAAAGAGUCCCUCAAUUUUAUUUUACAAUAGGUGACAUUAUUGUAAGAAAUUAAAAAUUAAAAUGGCAGCAUUUUAACUAUAAAAGUGAAAAAAUGUAGAAUAGAUAUGAACAUGUCUGUAAAUCGAUAUCUAAGAUACAUUAAGAUCAUGAUUCUUUUGAAAGACACUAACAUUCGAUUAAAAUUAAUUGUAUACUUUGUAAUGAAUGA